GUCAAAUGUAUUAACAACAUCGGCGGGCUCCCCUUCUCGUCAAGAAAUAAAAAAUAUAUCAUAUAUCCUGUCUGUCUGAAAACAAAUCUACGGCUAAAAUGUUGAUCGCCAGCGUAUCCAACAGUCAAACAAUCGCUCCCUCGUCAUCUGUGAAACUACGACGAUCUCGCCGAUUGUCGUCCACCAGAGGAUUAAAACAACGAAUGACCACGAAUGUCUCGAAAGACUCUUUUCCUUAUCGGAAUCUCGAUCGAAAAAUUGAAAAUUCUUUGCCUAUAACGGACAAGAGCAGCGACGAAGACAAUGCCAAAGGUGGACUAUUGAUAAACUGGGAAAUGAACGAAAGAGUCAGUUUAAGCAGCCGUUCUAGCACUGGAUUGGCAAUUCGUCCUGAUGGUAAAAAAGGCAUCGAAUUUAGCGAGAAUCGCAGAAGAAACGUUGAAGGUAGAUCGAAAAUCGGCUCAGAAUGUUCGGAACGCGAAGUCAAAUCGUCGUCAUCAGUCGGACCGACGUUGGAGCUGAUGAACGUGUCCGGAUUUCCCGGGUCGAAUGCCGAUCGAAAGCAUCGCGGUGCCUGUUCGAUCGACAUGACGGAUGAAAACGUCCUUCGGAGCGAUUCGAAAUACGAGAUCGGUGUUCUCAGUCGCGACUCUGCGAUUACGAGAAAGCAAAGGGGACAGAGCGAUACGCUUAGAAAAGACAACAAUGACGCGACAAAGAGAUGGACCAAAGAUUCCAUCUCGAAACGACUGGAACUGAUUCACGAAUUGAAUCAGAAGAUCUUGGCUAACUAUGAGAGGUUUCAGCAAAGAUCGAGGCGGCCCAAGGAGGCGAAGGAGCAGACCGUCAAGAGCCGAGUCAAAGAUAAAACCGAUACUGAAGAGCAUAUUUAUACGGAGAUCAAGAAGAGGCACAGAACAAGUUGUCAAACGAGUGAUCGGAAGGCUCGAGAUAUUUCUAAACAUGAUACUUGUGGAAAGGAGUCUUCCAAGGAAGAUGCUUCUAGACGAGCAGAUACGGAUAAAUCGACCUUUUCGAUAGGUUAUCACGAGAGAGUCGAUACCAAAGAUCGAACGAAGAAGAAGGAUAAAUCCGAUCGAAAAAUCGUUCGCGAGAAUACAAACUUUAGUAUGGCGGCUAAGGAAAAUUUUUUGUACCAAGUAGACGAGAAGACGCAGAAAUAUCUAAAGCCGAAAGACAAGAAAGGACGAUUGUCGAAGGAAAAUUCGAUCUUCUACGCAAACGAAGAUGUACCUUCAAAGGAGAUGGAAUCAGUCGCGUCUGGAGAUUCUCUGCAGAACUCCAAAUUGUAUCCUGAGAGCAAUAACGAGACGAAAAACGAAAAUUCAAUAGAAAAGGAGGACAGAGUUUCGCGAGAUCGAUCCGAAAUCGAUUCGCAAAAUGAUGCCAUCGAAUCGCGACGGACGGAAGGCGGAGAUGCCGCGACGGACGAAAAAAUUCUGGAGUGCAGAAUCCUGGAGAAUCUGGACAAGACGAUCGACCGAUUUGAUAGCGAGAGGACGCGGCUAUCAUCGGGAGAGAGCAACGAGGAGGGGAACAGCUUUAGCACAGAUUCCAUACAGAGUCGAGGCACGAAAUCGAAAGAAAAAUGCACGAAGGAUGCCAGCUUCCUGCAGGAUACCUUCAAUUCCUCCUGGGACUCGGGAGUCGGCGUGGCGGACCUCGGUAGCGGAAGCGGAUGGGUGAGAAUACAUACGGGGAUCGAGAGUAGCCUCGUCUAUCUCACUCUGGACACCACGGCUAGGGACGUCUGCAGGGACAUGCUAUUGGGAGACGACUUGUCUCUGUUUGUCCAGUAUGGCGGCGAGCCAAGCAGAAGGUUGGCGUCCCAGGAGAAGCCGUUGGAAAUUCAGGAUCAAUUUCUUCAAAGGCUUGGCUACGAGGAUGUAUCACGGCGCGCUCGUCUGGGAGUUGAUCUCGAACUCAGACAUCUCGUCGGCUUUCACGUAGGACCAGCAUCGCCAUUGCCAGACCUGGCGGGAUACAGCCGUUGCGGCUACACCCUGGUGUUAAAGGGGUUGGUUUUUCCCCAAUGGAAACGACGACCUCUAGCCGUCAUCGGUUCCAGACUCUUCCUUUAUCCGGCUUGUCCGGAAUCGCGAGCGGAAUGGAUGGAGCUGGGUGGCGGCGGUGGCGCGGUGUGCUAUGCGCCGUCACGUCUGGGCAAACUCGUUUUGCGUGUCACCGGGUUUCCCAGGGUCACUCAACAGUGCCAUGUGAGCCAACACCCUGAAGAGAAUCAUCAUCGCGAGACCAGACACUUGUAUCUGGGCUUCCAUCACCCCUGGGAUCGGGACCUUUGGAAGGGCUGGAUCAAGGAGGCUACGCAGUUGUCACUAUGUCCGAAACGAUUAGACUUGAGCAAGGGAGGCCUGUCAAGGGUCCCUGAAAGUGCGAUUGCUUUUCCAGCGAUAGAAGAGCUCACAUUGGGAUGGAACCAGUUCAAUAAUGUCGACAACAAUCUAAAACUUCUGCACAGGUUUCCCAAACUUCGUGCCGUCCAUCUGGAGUGCAACGAUCUCCGCAGAAUCCCGAGGGAACUUCUGGAGUUGCCGGCGCUGACCUAUCUUAAUCUUUCGGACAACAAGAUCGAAAUAAUUCCGGCUGACAUCUGCCAACUGAUCAAUCUGAAGGAGCUGAUCCUUGAUCGUAAUGUCAUCAAAGAUCUACCAGACGAAGUGAUACGGCUAAAAAAUCUGAGGAAUAUUUCCAUUGUCGGAAAUUUACUCAGCACUGCACCGUAUUUUUUCAACAUGCGAGCUCUCGCCCUGACGGAAGUUCUGUCAAAGACAGAUCAUGGAAAGUCUUAUAAAGAGGAGAAAGCGAUGCAUAACAAUUUGCACAAAAUUAAUCUGAGGAACAAUCAAUUGAAAGGAAAUAUAAUCUUGGGAAAUUAUGGCAAUCUAACGCACCUGGAUGUCAGCGAAAAUAGCAUUGAAAAAUUGGACAUUAGCGCCCUGCAAGAAUUAAGAAGUGUACGCUGCGCUCGAAAUCAUCUGACAGAAUUGACUCUUUGCGGCCGAAAUAUCGUAUCACUCAUCGCUGGAAACAAUAAACUGAAAAAGCUAACUGUCGAACCUGUGCCAACUAAUUUGGAGCAUCUGGAUGUUUCCUACAACAAUUUAGAUGCAUUGCCGGAAUGGACGACUGAAUUGCCAGCGUUGCGCGUUCUUUUCGCGUCGCACAACGCAUUGACGGCCCUACCAGACAGAUUGCUGUCACAGCCAUCGAGACUGGAAGUUCUUCAUUUGCCUCACAAUCGAUUACAAGCCCUACCACCGCCCCGAAGACCAUUGAACAUUGUUCAUUUGACCCUCCAGGGCAAUAUGUUAACCACUCUACCGACUAGCUUCUUCGCCAAUACUGAAAAGAUGAAAGUUUUGAACCUCUCUAAUAAUCGGCUCUCUGAACUACCGUAUCGCGAGGAAGCAGGCAGGAGCCAUCAGGGAUCACAUACCUUGGAGAAAUUAUAUGUCACGGCGAAUUGUCUGACCGAUACCGCUCUGGAUGCUCUCGCGAAGUUCACGUCCCUGAGAAUUCUUCAUAUUGCUUACAACACCCUGGAUACGUUACCGGAAAGCUGCAUAGCCGCGUGGGGCGACCUAGAGGAAUUGGUGCUGUCCGGAAAUCGAUUGCAAUAUCUUCCGGACAACGUGGCCAAUUUGCAACACCUGCGCGUGCUACGCGUGCAUUCUAAUCGGCUGUUAACGUGUCCCACCUUUGGUAAAACGGCAUCCUUGAAGGUGCUGGAUCUCGCGCACAAUCAACUGGAUAGGGUAAAUCUUGCUACACUAGUGCCACCACAAUUGCAGUUUCUCGAUAUAUCUUGCAAUUCCCGAUUGCACGUGGAUCCACGACAAUUCCAAGUUUAUAGAUCUCAGAGACCAAUAUCUCUAGUGGACGUAUCUGGACAAAACAGGCCCAGUUUGCCAUCUCAUCCGCAUCAACAAGAAAUUGUCGUAGCCGAAAAAAAUGCCGAGCAACCGUGGCGGUUAGGCUUUUCGGAAACUACGGGUUCUCGCGAAAAGCUAUACAUUUCUCAGAUACGAAUGCCAUCCUUUUGUAACGUCGAAGGUCUAUUCGGCAUAUUCGAUGGAGGUUCGAAUCAAGAAACACCUAGUGCGCUUCAAGAGAUGAUCCCGCGUCUCUUGCUGGAAGAGCGAACUAUACGGGAGACGUCGAAGGAGUACCUGAAGUAUACCUUACUGUCGGCACACAGAGAGCUUAGGGAGAAGGGUCAGAAGUACGGUGUGGACGCGACUCUCGUUCAUAUUGUGAAACUAUCAUCACAGCAGGGAUACCCAAAAGCCUCGACCAAAUACUCUUUAAAAGUGGCUUCCUCCGGGGAAGCAAAAGCCGUUCUUUGUCGAGCGGCCGGUCCCUUGACUCUUGCGUCUAAGAAAGCUAGAGAAACAGUUAAAAAUCAAUUGGGCAACGCUGCUAUGUUUCCGCUAGUGGUACCCGACCCGACAUACGAAGAAGUGACUCUAGAAGACGAUGACGAGUUCGUUAUAGUGGCUAAUCGGAGAUUAUGGGAAGUCUUGAGCAUCCAAGAAGCCGUGAGGGAGGCCAGAGCCGAGGCCAGUCCCGUUUUAGCCGCGAAGAGGCUGCAGGAUCUGGCGCAAGCCUACGGCGCCGAGGAUAAUUUAAGCGUUAUUGUCGUGAGAUUGGCCGGGCCGAGUCCAGGUGACAUGGAUCAGCUGAUGCGCGAACUCAGACACGUUGUUGGCAAAAAUAGAGGCCAAACCGGUGACGGCGCAUGUCCCUGUCCUUGUUGCGUGCCACCAGCGGCGCAUAAACCUCCAGCGGCCUGCUGUUGUCACGCAAGCGAGGGCUAUUAUCUUAAUGGCGUGUUAAAAAAUAUAGUGAACAGAUCCAACAAGGUUCAUGGGGGUUCCGGAAGAUACUUUAAGAAUUCUAGAUCAACACAAGAAAACGAAAGCCCUCCCUACAGAGAUGAUCGCAGCUCGCCGAGUGGACAGUCCGAUCAAGCUAGCGACAGUACUUUUAAGUCUCGCCAUCCAUCAGGAAGGAUGUGGACGGGAAGCGCGGCUUCGAAAGCGACGAACAAAGCUCACCAGAGCGUUCUCGUGCAGGAGACGCGGAAGGUAUCACCGUGCAUGCCUACUCAGGAGGACGCCGUCUCGGAGAGGUCCGGUGUCCUCAGCGAGGAGCAAUUCCGUUGCUGGGAAUACAUGCUCGAGCAAAACACUCAGCUGUUAUUCGACAAGGAGCUGGACACCCUGACAAAAGCGCCUUUGCGCCAGGCGAGGUCGACACCGCAGUUGAACGGCGGCAACUUGCCCUUUUUAUCAAAGAGAUUCGGCAGUGCGAGAUCUUUCAAUCCCACGCUAUCGCGACCGCCGGUCGUCCGUUUCGGCAGCGGACGAAGAUUGCUGAAUGGCGGACCGAAUGCCGCCUAUUUCGGCAGCCUGCAAAGGCUAAUGCCUUAUAAUCUGGAGUACGACUUUGCUGUCAUCCAGGAGAGGAGCGGCAUGGACUCGCUCGAGCAGGAUGCCACGAGGAUGCAGCAAUAUUGGGGCGUGGCUACUACCGAAUUAUAGUGCAAACGAGGAUCUACUGACCUAACAAGAGAAGGACAAGGUUAAAAAGAAGAUAGAGAUGCAAAAGAACGAAUGCGGUUCAAUGAUGAGUGAGGAUUAAAAGAGUGACCUGUUUAUAAAAUUGGAAAUCCUUCGAAGAAGCUUUCAUAUUAUCGUCGUAGUAUAUUUAAUUGCGAUCUGACAACUCGACGUAAGGCUAUUUGCUUGAAAAUUGCAAGGCGAUAGAUUAAUUCCGGCGAACAAUUCAAUAACCGGGAAUAAUUUAUCUCGGAUAGCUCGCGACGACGCGAAGUAUAUAUGUAUAAUUGCAGCUUCGUAGUCUAAUUAUCACAUUGGAAGCCGUAAUUAA